AUGGUGUUACACUUGUUGCAAGUCUCCGAUCCGGGCUGGGCAUACAUCGUGCUCGGUGGUUUCACCGUCGUGUUCAGUCUGGUAUCAUUGCUUGUCAAAGAGAAGCUGUACAUCAAUGAAGUCGUCCUCGGUACGGCCUUUGGCGUGAUCAUCGGUCCAUACGCCUUAGGCAUCUUCGACCCGCGAUCAUGGGGAGCGCAUACAAAUACCAUAACUCUAGAAGUGAUGCGUGUUGUCCUCGCCAUGGGACUAUUCGCAAUUGGGGUCGAGCUGCCGAAGUCGUACAUGGCGGACCAUGCGAAGGGUUUGCUCAUAAUGGUUGUGCCUACUAUGGCAUUUGGCUGGGUCACUGUCGCUGCCAUCAUUAUUGCCUUAUUCCCUCGAUUCAACUACAUAUCCGCGCUCGUCAUUUCUGCCUGUCUGACUCCUACCGAUCCCAUCAUUUGCGCUGCCAUCGUUGGUGGCAAAUUCGCUUUGAAACACGUCCCCUCUAAUUUGCGCCGCAUUCUCUCGGCCGAGUCUGCUGCUAAUGACGGUCUUGCUUAUCCAUUCCUGAGCAUCUCAAUCUAUCUCACGGUCGAAUCCUCCGUUCGUGUCGCCGUAGGAAAGUGGUUCCUAGUGGGCUGGUUGUACCAAGUCAUACUAGGUGUGGUCCUUGGUGCCCUGUUCUGUUACCUGAUGAAGCUGUCAUCCCGCAAGGGUUUCAUUGAUCGCGAAUCAUAUGUUGCCCAGUAUCUAGCCUUAACGCUCCUUACCAUCGGGAUUGCCAGCACCAUCGGCAGCACUGCCAUUAGUUGGGAUGGUCACUUCAACGAAGCAACAGAAAACGAGUCAUUCGCAUCCGUGAUCGACCUGAUCCUCAACUGCGCCUGCUUUGUGUAUAUCGGAGCGUGGUUGCCCUUCAAAUCAUUCAACUCCCCCGAGCUCGGCAUCACUCCGUGGCGCCUCGUGGUCUUGUUGAUCGUGGUUUUGCUCAUUCGUCGUAUCCCUCCCCUUCUUCUCCUGUUCAAGUGGAUCCCCGAGAUUAAUACUUGGCGUGAAGCUCUGUUUUCCGGCCAUUUCGGACCUAUGGGUGUCGGAGCGGUGUUCAUUUCUACUUUGGCUGUAUUAAGAUUACCUGAACCAGAGUCACCACCCCAAGGGCAGGCGCAACUGCUCGCUGCAACUCUACAGACGAUUGUCUCGUUCAUAGUGCUGGGUUCUAUCAUCAUUCAUGGUCUAUCUAUUCCGUUCUUCUCGUUCGGGAAGAGCGUACACUCCCGUACGGUCUCCAUUUCCCGCACAUGGACGUCUCGCGGAACCACUGCCCCUGACUGGCUACUCUGGGCACGUCGCACCCCAGUACCUGAUCAGUCUAGCACAGACGCGCCUUCUCACGGCGAUCUUGAGCAGGGGACAGAGAGCGCUACUAGGUCGAUCGACGGGAAGGCUCAUUCUACCGUUAUCCACCACGAGACCGCCAGCUUGAAUACGACAGUGGUGGAAGAUCCCUCAGCGACUGAGGCGGGCGAAGGUAUGUCCAAACAAUUCCAGGAGGACGCUGCCGCUUCGGCCAGCACUAGCAAGGUGGAACGGAAGGACUCCCUCGAUGUCGGCGAUGCUGCAGGGACAGGGCUCGUCGAAGCUGUCGAGCCUGAUCUACGGCAGAAGGCGGUCCGCUUCCCCUCUGAUGACGAGGAAGGACAGAAUCCCAGCGCUAUGGACGAAGCUGCUUACGACGACGACGAUGAGCCUCAGCCCUCCGAGAUGAGCUCGCCUGCCAGUAUCAGGACCGUCCGCCCUCAGGCUGAAAGUGACAGCUCCACACCUCAAGAACGGGAAGUGGCCUCUGGCAUGAGGUCUCCGAAAUCGGUUCACUUCCCAUCCGCUCAAUAA